UUCAGGGAGUGGAUGGGUUGUUUUGGUGACGGGGCGAGUUGUCAGACUGUUGCCAUGGCGACAGGCGGACAUGAUGAGCCAAAGCUCUGCAGACAGCAGAGCUCUGUUUUCCUGGAACAGCGCCACCUGCUGACCAAGGAGGAGGAUGACCAGCAGACCCUGAUGGUUUCCCGCUUCACGAACUGAAUAACGUGAUGUUUUGCUCCCCCUGCUGGCCGCUGUGAGGACCUGCAGCUGCGCAUCACAACAGCAGAAAACUAAAACCAGGAUUAUUAACUUCACAAGCACAUUCACAACCAGACAGACAGCUGAACUAACGUGAAUCUUGAGCAGAAACUGUUUCCUGUUUGGUCGGCUGAAGCUGCUGCGACGUGGAGACGGUGUGAGACGACCAGAGAGACGCCGCACAGCUGGAGACCAUCAUGCCGAGAAACGGGACACUGCACGGGUGCCGCUGGGAGGCAGGCUGCUCAUCUCAUGCGUGUAAAUCUGCUCUGCCCCGUGUUGCACUGUGGAGGGAGAUGAUGAAGAGGAGGAUGAGGAGGGGGGUUCCCCUUCACGUGAAGCAGCCAAUCAGCUGGAAGCGGAGCAGCGGCGGUGGAUUGUGAGCAGCAGCAUCCCUCUGCCUCCAGACGGAGGUGAUGCUCAGGGACGGAGCCGGACUCCUGGAUCAGCACCAGCGUGGCGGAUCGGGUCGGGCCGCUGCAGACGGGACUGGAGCUGGACGGGACGCCCAGCAGGAAGUGAGGCACGGCGCUGCAGAGAGACCGGCCCGGCCCAGGAGCCUCGGACCCAUGAUGGAUUUUUCGUGUGAUGAAACGGGAAAAGGUCCUCCGGUCCAGAUGCGCAGCCUCAGAGAGUUCGAACAGCACCUGAACGACCUGAAGAAGGAGAACUUCAGCCUGAAGCUGCGGAUCUACUUCCUGGAGGAGAAGAUCCAGCAGAAGUUUGAUCAGAGCGGCGACGGCGUCCACAGAGCGAACAUUGAGCUGAAGGUGGAGGUUGAGAGUCUGAAGAAGGACCUGCAGGAGAAGCAGGAGCUUCUGGACCGGGCGCUAUCCACAGCCGAGGUCCUGUCCGAUCAGAAUGAAGCGGAGCUGCAGCGCCGCCUGCUGGAGCGGCAGGACGAGGUCAGACACAAGCUGGACAUGCUGGAGGACAAAGUUCAGCUGCUGCAAAAGGAGGCCGAGGCGGCCCGGAGCGAGGCCCGGCGCAUGGCGUCGCUGGCGGACGCCGAGGCCCAGCGCUGCCUGGCCCUGCAGAGGGAGAUGCUGGAGAAGAUGGAGGAACACGGAACGAGUCCGACUGACGCAGACAGGCUGAUUGAGGAUCUGGUGCAGCAGAAACAGUCGCUAAGCCUCCAGGUCGAAGAGCUGCAGGUCAAAGUUCAUGACCUUUCAUCAUCCUCGCUGGAGAACAGAGAACGAGGCGCCGAGUACCUGAACUCUGACCUGAAAUCCCAGAGGAGCUGAACAGGUGAAGCAGGAAGUUCGAAGCGUCUCUUCCUUCCUUCACGACGGGAAAUAGAAGAUCUUUGGCAACCAGAGCGGAAACAAACACCCAGCCAGAGUUUAAGGAUCUGAUCCCCGGCUCCAUGAAACCAGGAGCGUCUAGAGCAAAGGAGGCGGAUUAGCAGUGAUGAUGUCUGUCGUAACGGAUGGGAGAGGCCUGCUCAGAAACGUUGGUAGACUGGCUGCUGCUGCUGCUUUCCUCCCGUCGCGUCAGAGUUGAACUCCUGUUGGGAUGAAGAAAGCAGCUUUCAGUUUGACGUCACCAGCCGUCCGUCCGUCCGUCUCUGGUCCCACUGAAACAUUUCAGCUCAUUCUGAGGCGGACUGUCCCUUUAAGACAACAGCCUGGAAGCUCUUCUCCAAAACUGCAGCAGGAGAUUCUGUCCUUCAAAACCAAAUCCAGUCCAACCUGCACCAGAAACGCUUCAUGUUUUCAAACCCAGAGGAUUUUAUUUCCAGAUUCUUCCACCGGUAACCAGAAGCUCGCUGUCGGGAUGCUUUUUACUCUCCAGGAGGAAGUGAUCCAUUUCUGGAGGACAUUUCCUGGUUGUAUGCAGACGGUGAGGUGAAGACCAGGCCAGAGAAGCCAGGCUUCGCUCUCAAGAGGUCUCACUCCUCCACAAAUUCCACGACAAUCCGCUUUCUGAUCCAGUUUCCUUUAAAAGUCUGCCUCGUUUUCUUUUCUUGGGGAAUUUCAUGAAGUGUUGCCCUCAAGAAAUCUUUGAUUUUUUUUCAUGUGAGUGUGCAGAGUGUUUAAUACAUGAUGCUAAAUACUGCAACAGAUUUAUUUAAACUGUGUUGAGGACAAAAGUCUAUUAAUAUAAAAGUAAAUAAAUAUCAGUUUGUGGAAACAAUGAAUUUGACUCAUGUCACACUUUUCUCCCAGUGAAGGCAUUUUACAUAAAUUAAACAUUUUGGGGAAAUUAAAUGCUAUUUUUGGAUAUUUAAUCAUAAAAAGAGGAAGACGCGGAUGUUACUUAAAUACGCAUAAUAAAAGUUUCUCCAUGUCUCUGA